AAGAAAAAUAUGUUUCUUUUUUUUCUUCAACUUAAUUCCCAAACAUCAAAUGUACGUAGUCGUAUGUAUUUGUUAAGAGAACUUAUAGCUUAUUAGACUGAGAAGAGUUGCGAAGGAUUGUAGUAUUCGGUCCCGGUUGAACAGUAAGCAAAGAAAUUUUAGUGCCAUAGCAAUUUCUAUCUGAUUUUCUCACGGAGUUAAUUAGAAAUCUCGAGAGUUAAUUGCUCCAGACGAAAGAGUGUCUUGUCUCGCGUGAAAUUCGCAGGGAAGAAUUCGCAAGGACUACAGGGAAAUUUAAUUCUAACAUAAUUCCGUCGGUGCGAUUACGUUAACUUGAUACUUUCGUUCUGAUAAAUUACGAUAGAUUUUAUAAUAAUUUCUUUUUUCUUUACUUUCUAACGCGUAUAGGGAAUUAUAUUUUUUUAACGCUAUCGAUAAGUUGGCGAACGUUUUUACCGACAUUAUUCGUGGUAAUUUUUUUUCGACAGUUGUAUAUUUUAUAUAAACGUUGUCACAUUAUCGACGGUUUUCAUUAUAAUUUUCAACAUAAUUAAUGUCUUCUACAUCAGAUGUCGUACCCUUUUGCAUAUCGUUUUUUGAUUUGUUACUAUUAUUGUAACUUUUAAUUGUAAUAUUUCGAACUCGAAGUUAAUAUUUGAGAACCACUGAAAGUAGAGUAUGUAUAUAGUUCUUGAACAUAAGCUCCAUUAUAUGCGGUUUCAUCUGAACUGAAAUAAAAGAUAUGAACGUCUAUUAUGUCACACAAUGGUGUCAAAAGAAAGAUAUCGCGAUACUUGAUGCAGUAACGAGUUACUUGCUUUACUUUUAUCGUUGGACAAUUGUAUCCGAAGAUUUAUUGAAUUAUUUGAACAUUUUCUAAGUUCUUUAGAAAGUUUCAAAAAGUCUUGCCGACAUUUGGAACAAAGUUUGAGUUCUACGAAUGAUUCUAAUCUCUUCUAAGAAAGCUUUUCUUUCCGUACACAUAAGGUUUGGUCGGAAAAACUUUCAAAAUGAUAGGGAUCGAACCCAAAAAACCUUUCAAAUCUUAAAGUCUAGGAAAGGUAGAAACCAAGCUCAAAGAAAAUCUACCUGUUGCUCACGUAUCAUCAAUACGAAGGGAACAGGUUUCCAGGGACGCUUACGCACACACAAUAUAAACACACAGACAUACACAACUUUGAGAAAUUCGUUCUUCUUUGGACGCCAUGGAAGUAGUACUUGGGUGCACGCACGAUGAUUUGUAAUCACGUGACUUGGACUUGAGGGUGUCGGGUACCAAUGAUUUCCGUUUUAUAAAACGAUGCCGCGUAUCUUUGAACGGCGAUUGUGAAACAAAAAUCAUAUAAUAAAAGUUUGGACAUUCGAGGAGAAAAUCGAUUCGUCAGUUACUAGAGUCUAGUAGUAUAGAAAAAAAAAAAAAAAAAAAAAAUUAAAAAAGGAGAAAAAGAAAAAGAGGGAGAUUACCUUUUCAAGGGCACGUUGCUGACCCCUCAGAGUUUCUUCAUAGGAAAUUCCAAAGUUGAUUCAUCCUGGACGCAUUCGGAGGUCUCACAGCAUCUUUGACGUUAGUAACAAGUACAAAGACCCUUCUCAUCUUUACACUUACUUUUUUUAGUUCGAGGUUAAUGAAUACCCUGUCCUUAAAGGACGAACACGAAUUCUUUCGAAACUCAUUCUAAUUCUUUUUUUUCCUUUUUUUAUUUCAUUCCACUUUCUAUGAUUCAUAGGAGAUCCAUGAACCAUAGAUCUAAAGAUCUCAAUGAAUUGUAAGUUUAGAUUAUUUUAACUUGAAACAAUCAGUGUUUUCGAUAUUUCGAGGAAUACAAUAACGUGCACAGUCUUAGUUAUCUUAUCUAAUAGCUCGUAUAAUUAAACAUAAUGAUGUUUAACGAUUAUAGCUAAUUGUUUCUAAUGUAACAAUUACAUUUAGAGGAAACUUAGAGUAGUAUGAACAUUUUCGAUUCUAUACAAGGAAUUCUUACUACCCACGUUGACAUCACAAAUUCUGCACAAACAGGAUUAGAUUUAUUUACAUCCUGUUACAUAUGAAGAGGAAGAAAUAUUGACAAUCCAAUCGUUACCUACGUAAUGUGAAUGGAUAUACCACCAUCUUUACGUCACACUACCCACGUUUUCCCCUGUUAAAUAAUAACUACUCUAUUUGGUAAAGUUUACAUAAGAUCAUUUUAAAACUUACCUUAGGUCAGAAUCCUUAAUGAGAGAACACAGCAAGGUAAUUAUUUACUCCAAAAACUUUCGAAUAUUUCUACCGAUUUGAACUAUUAUAAACACAUUAAUGAAACUUCUUCAUAAAAUUUUCAGACACAUAGAACUACGGUAAACAUCGGCAUCAUAUCUUAAAAACACUUAAAUUUUUUUGGGGAAGUUAUCGUUAAACGAAUCCAAUUGUCACUGAAAUGUGAAUUCCAGGUUGAACACAUGCACCAAUUUCCAUAUUAAUAUACUUGCUCCUGUAUCGCACAAACAACUCGUUUACCAGUUCGUGGUAUAUAUAUGGGUCGAUUUUACAGUCUAUGAGCACGGCCCAAGUACACUCUCGUCGGCCGCGUAGUCACGUCCACUUUUUCCGUCCUCGAUACUUUUUCGUCGAACGGCGUGGGUCCGCUUUCGUGUACGACCAAUACUGAUAGAGACAUGCAAGUUGGCUUUGUUCGAUGAAUAUUUUUCUGAUGUCCCUUAAAGUUCUACACAUGUAUAUAUGCCUACUCUUACUCUCGUACGAUGUCAUCGUUGUGUGAAGCAACUUAAGUCUAAGUGUUCGUAACGUUUACGAUAACUUACGGGGUUCAGUAGUGUAACGAUGAGGGAGAUGAACGUGGGUACCGUUAUUAGAUCUGUCUCUUUCCUUCUCCCUCUCUCGCUCUCUCUCUUUCUCUCUCUUUCUCUCUCUUUCUGUAUCGCGUGAAAGUAAUCAGAUAUUUGUGGAAGUGGAAAUAUUUAUUUAUCUUUUUAAUGUUCAAAUUUAUUAUAAUUUUAGAAAAUAAUUUGGAUAUUUUAGCAAGCGAUUUAAAUUUGAAUUAAAAUUUGAAAAAUCAACAUGCAUUUAAGUCACUUGACGAAAAUUUAUGAUAAAAAUAUAUUCGUUUGUUUGAUUCUCUUCCUUCUCGCUCAUCAUACGAUCCUGGUCGAGUAGUUGGCCAGGUUGGUGAGCGUAGGACAGCUAACCGGGUGACGUCAUUGGCUUCUCGCUUCUAUCGUUGAAGGGACAAGGGGUACGGGGUACCGUGCUGCGGCCUCUUAGAAAGAAGAGGAGAAUGGGAAGAGACGAAGAAGGGAACGGGUGGGGGAGGUUCGGCAGCACUCCGCGAGUCGCUGCCUUCGCCGUGCAGGUAGUCUCGUGCUCGUUGUCCACGUUCUUCGACCACGAUCGACUCCGAACCGAACGCGUUCUCCUUUCUUUGGUUCUUAUAUACGCUUUUCUGAAACUCUUACCUCAUCAGUAUCUUCUGAUAUAUAAUAUCAGUGAUAUUAAAAACAUUUAAAACGUUCGAUAAAUGUCUUCGAAUUGUUUCAUCGAUCGAUCGUCUUUGAUUCAAUGAUUUUAUCAUCGUUAAGAGAAAUAAAAGUGUUAGAAUAGUUAAAAAAGUGGGAAAAAAAAAAUACAAAAAAAAAAAAAUAAAAAAGAAACUACAGUGAUUAAUAUAUUUAUUGGAAACAUCUUACAAAUGAUUUCGACACUUGUUGUUUUAAGACAAAGUGAACAGUGAAGUGUAAUUUUGAGAUAUUAUCGUUAUACGUUCUUUACACGAAGCGUAUCGUUUGUCUGUUAGUUCGCCUUUCACUCUUCAAGGUACCAACAAGAGAACAAUUUCUUGAGAAGAUCAAAGAAGGGCAAAUAGUUUAACGAAAGAUGCAGACAAAUUUAUGAUGUUUGAAGGGUAGAAUGGAAACCACGUGAAUCAGCGAAAUGUUGAAGUGGAUAAAGAUACGACAGGACAUAUCGUCCACGGCUUCUUCAACCUCCUCCGUCUCAUCAGCCUCGUCUCAACGUUUCAAGGAGGAAGAUAGGAUUCAGAAUGAAGUCACGACGAAGAGAGAAGAUGAAGAAGAUAGUGGAAUGGAGAGGGAAGAUUCACCCUCGAACAUGGAUCUAAAUGAUCUGAAGAAAGAGCUGUUCUCGGAGUUGCAGUCCUCACAAAAAAGUGCCUUGCCACCCGACACGUUACGUCGCGCCCUCGCCGAGAGCUUUCUCGAUCAGCAGAGGUUUCAGCUUGGAUUUAUGGACGAUGCUGCGGAAUGUUUCGAAAAUAUUCUGCUACGUAUUCAUUUGCAUAUAGCCAGCGGACAAGCGGAGGACAUGUGUAGUGCUGGACAUUGCGUGCCACAUCAAAAGUUUGCCAUGACCCUCGUCGAACAAAGCGUUUGCGGUGCGUGUGGAGCCACCUCGGAGCCUUUGCCCUUUACGCAGAUGGUUCAUUACGUGUCAGCAUCAGCAUUAACGUCACAAGCUCGUCAAACUCAAGCUAACUCACGAACGAGUCCGGAUCUUUUUGGUCAACUUUUGAGAAGAGCCGGUGGAAUGGGAGACAUUCGUGAUUGUCCAAGUUCGUGUGGUGCGAAGAUCCAAAUUUGUAGGACGCUCAUAAAUCGACCGGAAAUAGUUUCCGUAGGGGUUGUCUGGGACAGUGAACGACCAUCCUUAGAUCAUAUAAUGGAUGUAUUCGCUACGGUAGGAACAUCCCUUCGGCUCACUGAUGUUUUUCAUAGCGUUGUUGAUUCAUCUUGGGGUGCCUCAACGAUACAUAAUCUUGUUGGGGUUGUCACUUACUAUGGGAAACAUUACUCCACUUUCUUUUUUCAUACUAAACUCAAGGUUUGGAUUUAUUUCGAUGAUGCCACAGUUAAAGAAAUAGGUCCACGAUGGGAACAGGUAGUUGAGAAAUGUAGAAGGGGUAGAUAUCAACCCUUAUUACUACUUUAUGCAACACCUGAUGGGACUCCGGUAAAUACUGAAAACGCUCCGAAAACUGUCACACGAUUUCCAAGUGGAAACAUAUUGAAAACACCACCGAAGAACAACGUUCGUAGAUCCAUCACACCUAGUCCAGAGAAACCUUCGAUCAACAGUACAGCCAGACGUGCCAUUACUCCUAAUCCGGAUAGUCCUCCUCAUAUUUACGCUCAACGAAUUUACAGUGAUUAUCAAAAUCUUACAGAUAUACAGAACAACAUCUUUGAUAAUCAGGGUGUUGAUGUGGUUGAUGGAGAAACAGAAUCAAAAUACAUAAGCCGUAGAACAGUUGAGAGCGUCAUGCAACAACAAAAAAAGCAACAAAUGCAAUUAACUAGAAGUCUUAGUGCUGGCUCAACACCUUCGGAUGGGAUUAGUAUACCGGAACAUUUGAAUGUGCCACGAAGACGGGACUCUGGAAAUUGGUCAGGUGAUAGGAAUAGUGCAUCUUCAAGUUCAUCCACGACUAUGGAAAAUCCGUACUUGUAUUUUGUCAAUAAAGUUCAGAGAAACUCUGGAGUUCCUAAAAGUCCUACCAGUAAGUCUGGUGAAUUAUCCAGUAGCAGUAGUGGGCAUUAUGAUGCUGGAUAUGAUUCCUAUUCAUUGUCUUCUACGGACAGUCUUCCACUUCAACAGGGUCUUAAGCACAAUCUACAGCUUGCACAAAUUCCGGAAGGUUACCAACCUUCGUCAAAAGAUGACUGCGAACGUCUUUGCAAGGAAACGGAUGCCCUUUUGGACAAAUCUCGAGCUGCCGAGGAAGCUGGAGAUCUCAGCACAGCUGUAGCUUUAUGCAAAGCAGCUAGUAAUAAAGCCAGAGCUGCGAUGGAAGCACCGUACAAUAACGAUCAUACAAUUUCGACCGCAAGAAUGAAACACAAUACUUGCGUGAUGAAGACUAGAAGCUUGCACAGAAGAAUGUUACAAGAGCAAACAUCAGCUAAUGGAGAGAAAGAAGAAGGAGCAGUUGAGGGUAGACAUUCGAGAGAAAACAGCAAGUCUGGUCAACAUUCCCGACAAAGUUCACGGGACAAAGGUAAUCAUUCUCGACAGAAUAGUCGUGAACUGUUGGUGAACGCACCAGUAACAGUUGUGGAGAAACCAACGACGAAAAGUAUCGAGAUUUAUGCGACUCUACCGAAGAAAAAGACAUUAAGAAGUAAAGCUACAGCCGUAAACGUCAUUGAGGACGAGGAGUAUAUGCUCCAUGAUCGUCCAAUUCAAAGAACAGGAUUGUUUGGACGUACAAAACGUUGCGAUGACGAUAAGAAGGAUAAGAAACGAGCUAGAAGCGAAGAAAGAAACAAAAACAUAUCAAAAGACUUUUCCAUAGCACCUUCACGCACUUCACCCUCUCCGAAAGGUAUCAAAUCGAUUGAGAAGCCAAAGGAAAAUAUCGAGGUCGGUACAACCAGAGUUUCUCAACAAAGUAACGUGAACGUGACUGAACAGAAACAGGGUAAAAAACAGCAUAAGAUUCGUAGAAAGUUAUUGAUGGGUGGGCUGAUAAAAAGAAAGAAUAGAAGCAUGCCUGAUUUGCGAGAAGGACAGGACAAUCAGGCGAGUAUUAACGUGGAAGGUACCUCGAAUACUUUGCCAAAGCAAUCCGUGGACGAUUCAAAUGUUGGUUUAAAGGGUAACGAAAUGGCGCAAUCUUUGAGUGGUUAUCUGUCCGAAGGUCAUCUGGAAUUCGCUGGCAAUGCCAACAAUACUCUUGGGAAUACGAGCAAUCCAAAUUUGGAAAGAAGUCGAUUAAUGAGAAAGAGUUUCCACGGUAGUGCCGGUAAAGUGUUACAUGUAGCGAAGGUACCACCCCCACCUCCUGUUAGAACCACUUCUCAGCUUAGCAAGUCUAAGUGUUCGGGUGAAGUGCAUAGCGAUCAACAAGCCGACAAGUCCACAUAUUCAUCAUCAGACGGGCAAUGUUCAUCUAACUCAGGAACAGGAUCCCAAGAUCAGAAUAACAGCUAUUGGAAUCAUAUGAACAGUGGAAAUUCGUCGAAUUCAUCGAAUCGUAAUUCUAAUUAUGCUGAUUAUUCGACGGAAUCGCAUUCUUUACCUUUCAUUCCGUCUUAUGGUAUAGAACAAAGCGGACAUUCUGCUAAUGUUCAGACUAAUUAUAACAACAAGCCUAGAAUUCAGGACGAUGUCGUUCAAUAUGCUAAUGGUAUUCUUUAUGAGCCUACCUAUGUAAUUACUCGUGCAGAUGUACACAGCGAACAAAGUCCUAUAAAACAGCAAGGUUCUUUGGAUUCUCUUCCACCAUAUCCGGAAAAUGGAAACGUUUCUCAUUCAAGACAACCGAGCGAAGAAUUCCCGCCCCCUCCAUACCCAUCUAUUCAUUCAGUGUCACAUUCCAGACAAGCUAGCGAAGAUUUUCCACCUCCACCGCCACCUAUCGAUGAGACUAAUAUUGGUCAAGAGAAUCAACAGCAAUCACUUCAGCAGCAGUUCGUUUCGAGUCAGCAACGUCAGCACCGAUUAGAGACUCAACAGAUUAGUACUCUUUUUGCACAAUUGCAAAUGAAGAACGAACAGAUUUUAGCUUCGGAUUCGAAAGAUUUAAAAACGAGUGAGGAACAAGAAAAAGAAGAGAAAUCUUCGAGCGAAACUUGGUUGAAGGAACUACAAGCUAAACAGGCAGAAAAGAGAAUGAAGAAGCAGGCUUCACUUGAACAGGAUAUACCAAAAAUUAGAUCUCCAUCUGUCAAUACAAAUCAAAUGUCAAGCAUAGCGAGAAGAACUAGCGAUUUGAUGAUGAAUAGUCUUGGAUACGAUACGGUAGGUCGGGAUGUUACCGAUUGUCCUAGAGUAGUGUCAUCUGUCAAAGACAUGGCAGCAAGAUUCGAACAGAACAAAUUACAAAUCAGCUCAAAAGUAGAGCCUGAAUCUAAAAAUCUUAUAAAACAACCCAAUUCAAAUUCUGUCGCUACUCCUGCGAUCGAUACGUCACACGAACAUCAACAAGUAGAGGAAACGCGAUUGAAAUAUUCUUCAGAUAGUUUAAACGCUUUCCCUAAAGUAAAUAAUUUCACGAAUCAACCAAUUCCAAGUCCAAGCUUUGAAUCCACGACCAAUCAAGAUACUUACAUAUCAACAAUGACUUCUGAUAAUUCCUGCAGUGUCCAACAGAGUGGAUUAAAUGCAGCCAUUUUAUCGAUGUCCUUAACAUUACCACAUGAGAAUGGAUUACCUAUCGAUUAUCCUGAAGAUGACAUUAGCGAGGUCGCCAUGCAAAAUACUAUUCAAAACAAAACUAUACUACCGAACGAAGAGGAUAUAGAAUUGAGAAAAGUUAAGAGGAGGAUAGGUAAAAAGAAGAGCGUGUCGUUUUGCGAUCAAGUAGUUCUUGUUGCUACAGCUGAGGAUGAUGAAAAAGACUCAUAUAUACCUAAUCCAAUUUUGGAGAGAGUUUUACGAUCUGCCAUGAACAAGCCAGAAUCUGCUCAAGUACUUCGUGAAAUCAGGAAUCUUCAGGAAGCUGAAAUGAACAGGGAAAGUACACCAAGAUUCCAGCAACAAACUCUUCCUCUUAAAUGCGAAGCUGACAGUGUGCCGGCGACACCAUUCCAGGAUCAAUUGAGAAGUGUCAAUCCAAUUUCGAUUCCUGAAAAUGUCAAGCCGACAUUCGGCAGGCAAAAUUCUAAUGACUCCAUUGGUUCAAUAGUAGACAAAAAAAUGGCUGGAUCUUAUAAUACUGAAACACAGGAUAUAAGUAGAGAAACGUAUCCUGGUAUGAUUAUGCCUGCAUCAAAUCCACCACCAACUUCAUAUUCUCCACAACUUCAACAACAAAUACGUUACUCUCAAAAUGGAUAUCCACAGUAUUUGCCAUCACAAUCUUCCUACACGCAAACUCAAACGUCGCAUCCUAGAAAUCAGAAUGUUCCAUUAUCACAAACACAGAAGCCAGCUAGUCCUUAUCCAACACAGAUGCAUGGUAAUCAAUACAUACCGUCCGUGUCUCAACAGCAAAAGAAUUUGUGUCAAAAAAACACUUAUCAAAAGUAUUAUCAAUUGGAACAGCAACACAAUCAGAUGAAUAAGCAAUUGUCAACAAGUGGUUUACAGCAGCAUCAAAAUGGUCUUAAUCAGAGGAUUUCCAAUCACAAUGCCAGUCCGAUAACUGUUCAGUAUUCUCAGCAACAAUUGAGCUAUCCCUCGAAUCAAUCGCCAAGUCCUUAUCCGAAUCAAUAUCCUCAUAAUAAUUGUCAGAAUUAUCCUUAUCAAUCAGUGCCUCAAUCAAAUAGGAUCAGUCAAUCAUUACCUCAGUAUCAACCACCACCUAAUCCAUUAUCAUCGACGACGUUGUCUUAUCAACAGAAACAACAGAACGUUCAUAAUUAUCAACAGAGGUAUGACAAUUAUCAAAGACCACCGCAGAAGGAUCAACAAAACGUUUUAGCACCUAAUCAAACUUAUCCUAAUCCUUUACAGAGUGGACAAAUCCAAUCGAAUAUGAAAUAUCCAGCUUAUCAACACCCACCUCCUCCUAAACAGAACAAACAAAUCCAUUUUCUUUCUAGUUCGAAAAGUAGCUCACCGAUUAACCAAACAACGUCUUCCAUGCAGAAACCAAGCAUAGUUACUUCGUUAUCGUCUAGGAGCGUACUUUGCGAUCUCUGUCGACAAAAACAAGUGAUCGAACCUGCGAAAUAUUGUUCCGAUUGUGAUUUCUACAUGGCUCGUUUCCAGCCAAAAAAUUGAACUCGUGUCCAUAGUGUCAACUUAGAAUUCGUUUUUAGGUGUUAAGUCAAUAGACUAUAUGGAAUAGUGUUCUUUGUUAUGCCAACGAGCUUGUGACUACCUGGCAUCAUAUAUUAUUAUUAAUCCGUAACUAGUAUUAGUAGAAAUUUUGUCACGUUGACAAUAUGAUAGGAUUUACAAUAUGAUAAGAUUUAUUCGAAUUAAUUCAAAAUUUUGACAGAUUAUUAAAAAGUAAAAAAUAAGAAGUAACAAGUUAUCAAACUGAAGAGGCCAAAAAAAAAGCAAUUGCUGUAAUCUGACAGAUCCCAAUUUACCAGUUACGAAUUAAAAUAAUCAUUCUGUAUAUACAUAAGCUAAUUAUUAGAUUGUGUAAUAUCGAAUCAAAGACCUUCAUCGAGCAGCUAUUAACUCAUUGACAUUCGUAUUAUUGUAUGUGUAUUAUGUAUAUUAUUUUUAUAAGUCUUUUAGAUUUUUCUUUCUUUUUUUAGUUAUACUUUUCUUUUUUUUUUAAUUCAUCGCCAUACGGUAACGUAAUUCAUAUACCGUAUAGAAGUAGACAAAAUUUGCGAAUCGCAUAUGAUUCUGUUAGGUUAACAGAAAUUCAUUUCUAUAAUUUUAAUUAUCUAUUGUGUAAAUAACUUACACUAUCCUUUUCGAAUUUUAUAAUAUAGCUUUACAAAUUAUUAUUAUCGAACAGUUUUGUCAAUUAGAAUGUAUUUCCGAAUCUGUUACAAACAAACAAUGGUAUUACGAGAUUAGUUAGUUGAAAGAAAAUACAGAAUUGUGAUACUAGCAGUGCUACGUAGAACUUACUCCUAAGUUAGGAUAAAAUACGUAGGGAGAUAAUUCGGAUAAAGAUAAUUAGAAAAUAAGAAAGAUAGAAAGAAAGAGAGAGAGAGAGAAAGAGAGAGAGAGAGAAAGAGAGAAAAGAAUGCAUGUGUAUAUGAAUGAGUGAGGUAAAAAAAGCCUUGAUCUCCAAGUAAGCGUGAAUUUUAUUUUGUGUUAAUGAAUGUUAAAAUGUUACAUAUUAUUGUACUUAUGUAUCAUGUUAUGUCAUACUCUCGUUUAGAUCGAUGUACAAACUUUCGUUUUAUUUUACUUUAUUUUUUUUUUAUACUUUUUGUAUAAGUAUUUUGUUUUAAAAAUACUUUAUCUUUUUUUUCUUCCAUAGACAAGUGUUUACUUUUUCUGCAUUA